ACGUUCGCAAAUUAUGUGAACGUUGGUAGAAGUUUCUAGAAUGUUCUGGAGAACAUUUUAGAAGUUUAGCUAAGAACUCUAUACAUUGGUCACAGGUUAAAGGUUAAAGGUCAAAGGUUAAAGAUUAAAGGUCGAAGCAGGUGCUACUAUAUCUCUAGAAAGUUCUAGAAAUAUCUGGACUAUUUAAGAAUGUUCUAGAUUCAUCUAGAAUUUUCUAUGAUCGCUUUAAUGAUCUAGCAUUUACUGGAACGUUCUAGAAUAUUCCAGAAAUUUCCAGUGACUGUACGUCAUACAUGACGUCAUGGAUGAUUGAGAAUUUUUUGGAAGAUUCUACCAUAGGUUAUAGAGGGAUAUAAAUAGACUCAACCCAACUGCAAAACAGACCACUUUCCUGAUAUGAAUGAUGACUGACACAACAGGCGAUUCUACAAUGGAUCAUGAAUAUGACAAGUUAAUGCCAACAGCACUUGACGAGCAGAAUAUCUCGAACUUGGACGAUGCUGCUAGCCAACCUGAAGUCGAAACAUCGCAUGAUAGCCCUAAGGUGAAACAACUUAGGAGAUACAAAAGGAUUCAAGAACGACGUACACAACAAAUGGAAGAAAAGAGAAAGCAACGACUGCAAUUGAAUGCAGCAAGAUAUCGUUUGCAAUACAGGCAAGUAUCAGAAGAAGAGAAGCAAGAGCGACGGUGAAAAAUUGCGUCACGAGUAAAGAAACUAAUGAUGAACGACGUGAACGACAGUUGAAAGAUGCAUCACAAGUAAAGGGACGAAGGGAGCAAGAAACUGAUGAUGAACGACUUGAACGACAAGCGAAGAAUGCAUCACGAGAAAGAAAACGACGAGAAGAAGAAACUAAUGAUGAACGACUUGCACGACAACCGAAGAACGGUUUUCGUCAACGUCAUCGUCGACACCAAAACUCAUCUUUGUAUGGAGUUGCACUUCGAGACGAAUUUCCUCCUGAAAGUUGUCAUGGGAGAAUGGAUAGUAUCUGUCAAGACUGCAACGCUCUGCACUUUUAG